GUGCUAAUAAGCCAUUUUAUAGUACGUGUCAUAUUAUCUUAUAAAACAUGUCAACUUUUAGAACAAGAAAACACGAUAAUUCUGAAAGCGAUGAAAAAGAUUAUAACAAAAAGAAAAUGAGACCAUCAGAUGUUGCUGAAAUUGAAAAAAGGCUUGAAUCUCUUAUUACAAGGGUUGGAGAAAAAACAUCAUCGUCCCUGGAAAGUAAAAUUGAAGGAUUAGCUCGUGUUUUAGAUGCUGAUUUUUCAUCUUUUAAAACAAAAAUAAUCAAUAUAUUAUGCCACUGUGUUGUUAAGAGUCCUGAAAAAUUAUGUAUUUAUUCAACUUUAGUUGGUUUAUUGAAUGCCAAAAAUAGUGAUGCUGGAGGAGAAAUUGUGGAAGCACUUGUUAAAAAGCUAAAAGAAAAUUUGAGAAAUUGUGAUUUUGAUUCAUCAUUGAAUAUAGUCUGUUUCCUGGCAGAUUUAGUAAAUGCAAAUGUUUUGAUAUUAAAUUCAAUUUUAAAUCUAUUUGAAAAUUUUUUGGAUGUUAUUUCUGAAGAGGGAAAUCCUCAGGUAAGAGCUGACUGGUAUGUAUAUACAAUAUUAGCUUCUCUACCAUUGAUUGGAAAAGAAUUUAAGCACAAAAAAGAAAGUGAAAUGAAAAAAUUGUUUGCAAAAAUUGAAUCAUACAUGAGUAAAAGAAAAAAAACUUAUGUUCCUUUGUUGCAAGUUUGGUCUCCUUCAAAUUCUUUACCCCAACAACCAGAAAGCUUGGACAAUUUAUGGUCAAUUCUGAAAAAGCUACUUUUAUCUUGUGCCACUCAUCACUCCUCGACUUCCAGAGAACUACCCAAAUCUAAAAAAGAACGCCCCCUACCAUUUGACCAUGACUCUUCUUUGCUAAACGAGGAUGACGAUAAUAAUGAUACCUUCAAUCCCACUUUUCUAUUAAAUGUUCCACCAUAUGUGACCUUUGAACACGAACUUUCUCAAGCAUUGCAGCAUAGUUUACCCACAAUAAUACCUCCCAUUCACAAUCCUCACAAUUCUUAUCCUAUACCUACCAUAGAAUUUUGUUUGUUCGAGCAGAUCGAUAUACCAGAGGGGUACAAUUGGCCCAAAGUCAAUUCAAUAGACAAAUGGUUGAUAGCAAGAGAUAUGCAUUCCAUCAUUAAGGCUAAUUUUAAAGAUAGAAAACAAUGUGCGGCACAAUUACUCAGUUAUCGAAUGAAAAACAAGAUCCCUUUAAACUACAUGAUCAUUGAAUGCUUAUUUGCCGAAUUAUUCAACCUACCUUCCCCCCGUCACAUCCAAGCUAUGUAUGCUGCCUUGUUUAUAGAACUAUGCAAAUUACAGCCAAGCUCUUUACCCCCUGUGCUUGCCCAAGCGACCGAAUUACUGUUUGAAAGGCUAGAUUACAUGCAUAUUGUGCCCACCGAUCGCUUUAUAACUUGGUUUUCUCACCACCUCAGUAACUUUCAGUUUAAAUGGAGUUGGGAGGACUGGGAGACCUGUUUGGAACAGGAUUUUGAAAUGUCUCAACCUAAAUUUAUUAAUGAAACCUUGACAAAAUGCAUCAGGCUAUCUUACUACCAAAGAAUAGCUGAAAUUGUGCCAGAAAGUUUUAAAGUCUUGUUACCACUACGUAAUGAACACUUGUUUAGGUUUUAUUUUGAGGGAGCUAGCGACGCCAAGACCGACGUUCAAAUUUUUAUGAAAUUGAUUAAAGAUGAAGAAAUCUCCCUGAACCCUACUCAAAUCUUGGCUAAAUCCUUGAUGCAGGCCUUUAAACGCAAAGAAGAUUUUAAUAAUAUCAUAAAUGUUUUGCAGUCAACUCAAUUUACGGACGAGACCAUUAGUGCCAUGCUUUCACAAAGUGAUAAUACGACAUUUUUGGAAAAACUUGCCAUGGAAGUGAAUUAUGAACAAGAAGAUCACGAUAAAGCAAUAUUUGGCAAAUACACGGCUCUUAAAAUCGCUGUUUUUACGGAAACUAUCCUACAUCACGGGAAUAAGUCCUUCAGUCAUUCCUUCAGUGCUAUAGCAAAGUAUUUUAGCAUUUUUAAACAAAUAUCUGAAUUCGAGGAACAUCAAUACGUUAUACUUAGGUCCUUAUAUGACUAUUGGAGAAACAAUACUCAAUUCGUAACCAUAAUUAUCGAGAAAAUGAUCAAGACACAGCUACUUAAUCCAGCUAUGGUUUGUAAUUGGGUUUUUUCGGACGAAAUGUCACAAGAUUUUACUAAAUCAUAUAUCUGGGAAAAUAUAAUCGUGCAUUGUUGUUUGGGGAGAAUCAUUAAAAGGGUACAGAAUGCCGAGAAAGAUAUUUUAGACGUCAAAAAACGGCUCAAGAUAUCUGGAGAUUUUGAAAAGGAGGAUGAUAUAUCCAUGGACGUAAUUGAUGACGACUCCAAUAAGAAUGAUAAUCAAAACGUAACACCCGAAGACCUUGAAAGAAUGGAGGAAAAAAUGGAAGCUCUUAAAAACGAACAAAAAAGACUCCUAUUGAUUUCAUUGCAAAGAUUUAUUAUAGUCCUUGGCGAAUAUCUAGUCAAAUGCGACAACGAAAGCAUUAACUACAGUACUCCUUGGUAUAAAUAUACCUCUGGAAGAUUGCAACAAAUUUUCCUUCAUUUUUCCAACCAAAUUAACAAACCCGACACUAUGAAUUCUUUGGAAAGUCUGCUUUUUACUAGUGAUGUCGAUGAAAGAAUAAAUUCGGUAUUCAAGCAAUUUAAAGCUCUUACAUCCUAAAGAAAUAAACUAUAUUAAAAAAAGUGUAUAUGAUUGCUUU